AUGGAGAGGAGGUCAGGCUUGCUCGUCGCUGCUCUCCUCUUUCUGCUCACGUUUUGGAGCGUUAGAGGAUCGGCGGCGGCCGCAACGACGACGACGGUGCCUAUCGUUGGUGGAAGGAAGAGCCUCGCCAGCAUUUCCAUGGCGCUGGAUGGCUCCUACAUGAAGCACCCUAGCCACGCUACGCGGGCGGGCCUGCACGUCACGGACUCGCGAGGAGAUCCUGUCGCGUCAGCGCAUGCUGAUACCAAGAGAAUCGAUGACAGAGGAUUAGUGAGUAGAUACCCAAGUGCAGCGCCCAGGGGAAAUGAGAAGCUCAUAAUUGCUGUGCCAGUGAAACAUGGCUUUCAAAUUUUUUUGGACUUUGCCAUCGAUAUCUUCAAGACCGCUAUGGCGAAACUACAACAUCCUCCACGGUAUGAGUUGCAUGCCUUCAAUGGAACAUAUGAUGAGCUAGUACGCAAUGUAUCUAUAGGGAUGUUCCAUGGAGCAGCAGGUGACGUGACCAUAACCGCUGACCGAGCCAGGGAUGCAGAUUUUACCAUGCCAUACGCACAGUCUGGGGUAUCUUUACUUGUACUCGCUGACAACGACUCGAAACCACCAAUCCAAUGGAUAUUUUUGGAUCCACUCACGACACAACUUUGGCUUACUACUGUGGUUUUCUUCUUCUUGACUGCCUUUGUUGUGUGGAUGAUUGAACGACCCAGCAAUCCAGUGUACCAAGGAUCAACUGUGAGACAAUUCAGCACUGCCUCAUACUUUGCUUUCUCUACUUUGACGUUUUCUCACGGCCAAAUAAUUAGAAGCCCUCUUUCAAAAGUUGUUGAUGUGAUAUGGUGUUUUGCAGUACUGGUUCUAGUGCAGAGCUACACAGCAAACUUGUCAUCCAUCCUCACCGCAAAAAGGCUCCGUCCAUCGGUGACUGGUCUCGACCAGCUGGUGCGCAAUGGUGAUUACAUCGGAUACCAAGAUGGAGCAUUUGUGCGCUCCUUUCUGAUAAAGCAAGGAGCCAAAGAGAAGAAGCUCAAGCCCUACAACAACCAAGCAGAAUAUGCUGAAGCUUUGAGGAAGGGAUCCAAGGAUGGUGGGGUGUCGGCCAUCGUGGAUGAGAUUCCCUAUUUGACCUAUUUCCUCUCUGAUGGAAACAAUAAAGAGUUCGAGAUGGGCGAGCCCCUUUGCAAGACCCCUGGACUUGGUUUUGUGUUUCCUAAAGGCACUCCACUGGUGCAUGAACUCUCGAUUGCCAUCUUGGACCUGACUGGAGGGAAUGAGAGCUUACAAAUUGAAAGGAAAUGGUUUCACUCAGCCGCGCCAUUUAUGGGCGACGACAGCCAGAAUGUCAAUUACAAGCCUCUCACUUUGCGAAGUUUCUCUGGUCUGUUUGUCAUAACGGCCGGUGUCUCUGCUUCCAUGCUGUUUAUCAGCGUCAUCUUGUCGGUCUAUGCCAGCUGGUACUCCAGAGUGACAAGUUCUGAAUCGCAAAGCACCAACGGGAAUGAUGGAAGUGUGCGUCUCAAUGGCAUUGUGCCUGAUCAACUCCUCCAUGAAGGCAGGGAUGACGAUUCCCAGGGUGCACAACAUGGGGGCAGCGGAGAUGAAGAGGCGGGUGGUCCAAUGCAGGGUAGUGCUCUGCACAACGGCACGGGCAAUGGCUCAGUGCCUCAAGUUUCCAUUCAGGUCGAGAUGAGUAGUAGCCAAGGUGUGGGCAGGGCCCUAUAA